AUGGCUCCACUGAGACUGGAACAGCUGCUGAAUCCCCUUCCAGAAUCACCGUUUUGUAGAUCUGAAUCCUCUCUGGCAGCCACUCGCAUCGAACACAAUAUUCAAUUGAACGGCCGCACCACGCUGAAGACUCUGUAUCACUACCCCGUAGACAAGGUUAUCCAAUAUCCCGAGACCUCUGAAGAGAUGGGAGGUGGUAACAUUGGCCACCUCUUCACUAUGUCUUCCGGCAAACAGGUGUACAACCCUCUGAAGGAUUUUGCAUAUUCUUUAGGCGAUCCUGGGAGUGCAGGGCGCAAGAAUGUCCACAUUUACCUCCUUCAGGAUGAUUGUGGUAAGCCGGUUCCAUGCCAACGGGUAUACCGUCAGGGUGUCAAAGUCUGUCCCUACGUACCCGCUGAUCACCGAGACAGAAGGCAUACUGGUGCAUCCCGACACUCUUUGGAGCUUCAACUUCAGGAGGAAAGGGCUCUUGCAGCAGAACCUACUCCUGGGCAGGAUCUUUUCCAAAAGACCUUGGCGUUAUGGGUAGCUAUCAGAGACGGAGGGUGCCCUCAUGAGCGGCAAGAAGACACCUUCUAUUCUGAUGCUGAACAGGCUUGGAACACCAGACGUGACAUUACUCCUACUAAAGCAUGCCGCAGACAGCAUAUUGCCAAGAAGUGCCAUGGGAGGAUAGAAAUGCGAUGGAGCAGUAACCUGGGAAAACCAUAUAUUGCAUACAAAUGUCUAUUAAUAUCUUUUACUUAUGCCUUACCUUUUCACCUAUACAGAUGCCAGCAUUAUAGCAUUCAUUCUAAAAAGCACUACGUCAAUCACGCUAUAUCGGAUGGCAUGUACAAUCUUGACUACCUGGCUGCCCUGUGUCAGGCCGAUACCGCUGCUAUCAAUUUCUGGGAACAGAAGGUGCAACAGGAAGGUUUUGGACCUUUGGUUCCAUGCAGUCAUGUUCGGAAUCAUUCCUCCAUAAAGGUUAACUGCCACGGAACAAUGUUCAUGACCGAAAUGAUUAACGUAUUAUGCGAUUCCAAGAUCACAGCAUAUAUACCGCUUCCUGAAUACUGGGAAGUAUGCCCAAAAGUUCUAGUUGUCUGCUGUUCUCCUCAUACUCACCCCAUCCCAUUACCGGCCACUACACCGGACCCUUUGAAGUGUCAACUCACUCAGAUGCUUCAGGAUAUGGGCCCAGACUUGCCUGAUCUUACUCCCCGUUGCCUUCUGAGGCACCCCCUUUUUCGCUCAUUCCUGAGGAAGUCCCUUCCAGACUUUCCACACCCAAUGGCGACAGACCUUCAUCCUUCUCUGGCAAACCUUGAUCAUCUUGCCUCCCUCAUCAAUACAUCAGUGAAACGCCAGUUCCCAGAAGGCACGGGCUUGCAAGGUAAGACAUUGACCCCUCCAUCCUAA